CAGUCAGCUUGUUAAUGUGUUUUCAGAGUUAAUGACUGUUUAAAGUACUGUAAUAAAGCGCAGACACUCAAGAGGCCGUAACUCUGGAUACAAAACCCAAACAAAAACUGAGCUGCAACACUGCAGCCAAGCUCCACGAUUCAUUGACCAUGUUCGAUUAAUUAUUACAUUUUUGACAUUUCUGAAAUGUAUCUUUCUCAUGAAAAAGGAAGCGUGUGUCGUCAUCCCUCAGAAGACUUCAGUCUGUCCAACAUUAGAUAUUUUUCCAGACACAAAGGAGAGGUGAACUGCUGUGUGUUCUCCCCUGACUGUCAGAUUCUGCUCAGCUGCUGUGAUGAUGGCAGACUGUACCUGUGGAACGCCACCAGCGCAGAACACCUGGCCACAGUCAGCGGACACUCAGGUCCAGUGAAAUCGUGUGUUUUCUCCACGGACGGUCAGCUGUUCGCGAGCGCGUCCCACGACUGUACCGUCAGGAUCUGGUGCAGCUCGAGUACAAAAUGCACACACAUACUGACAGGUCACACGCGGAGUGUGGAGACGGUGAGCUUCAGUCCGGACGGGCAGUGGCUGCUGUCGGGUGGAUGGGACAACAGGGCGCUGAUCUGGAGAGUCCGGUGUGGUGAGAUGUUUGAGGAGUUGCGGGGUCACACUGCAGCUGUCCAGAGCAGCGUCUUCUCCUCAGACUCGCAGUGUGUGGCCACGGGCUCCUGGGAUCGCUCCGUGAGAGUGUGGAAACUUCACGGCGGAAAGGAGGUUGUGACAUUACAGGGGCACCAGGGAAAUGUGGCCUGUCUCUGUUUCUCUGUUACUGGGAUGCUGGCCUCAGGCUCAUGGGACGGGACGGUGCGUGUGUGGUUGCCAGAGCGUUCCACAUGUCUGUUUGUCUUGGGAGGUUGUGAGCGUGUGUGGAUCAGGAGUCUGGCCUUCUCCAGAGACGGACGGGUUUUGGCAUCCGCCGCUGAAGGCGACAUGGUGAGGAUUUGGGAUACGAUCACUGGAGCUUGUAUGAAGAGGCUGAAGGGUCAUAAGGACUCAGCGUUCGGCUGUGUGUUCAGUCCCGGCGGGGAGCUUCUCGUCUGUGGAUCUGAGCAACUGGAUGAAGAGGGGGAUGAAGAAAAAAGCACAGAGGAGGGAAGUGAGAGAUGGACGAGUUUAAACCGAGAACAGGACGAUAAAGAUGGCGCUUGUUAUUUGAGCUUGCAAGGCUUCUGAUUCAUUAGCCAACUUACUGUAUUUUCACUGCAAUGCUGUGAAUGAGAGAGACUUUCAAUUCAUUAUCUGCUAUGUUGAAGAAUAGUGCAGUAAACUGUCAAACUAUUUUAACAGUGCUAACCAAUGCGUUUAUGAUUAUGAUAAUACAUUUAAAUUAAAAUAACAAAUACAGCUUGCACCAUGUUUUGUACACAAUUUAAGUGAUGCUUGGCCAUGCAUGCCAUUCUGAUUACAUAUAAAUUCUUUUCUUUUUUUAUUUGAUUUUAUCAUGUUUCUAUUCUACAGCCAGAGAUUAUUAAAUAUUAUCUGGAAAAUACUUAAAUAACUUUCUGU